AUGCAUCCAAGAUAUGAUAUUACUCCAUCAACUAUUACUGAUCUACGUCUGCAACAUGAAGCACCCGUUGAAAUUAAAUUUUCUAUUUGGCAUACAUUUAAACAUCAUAUUCCACGUUUUAUUGUUACCAUUCUAGUUGAUGUUAUUCUACCACUUGUUAUCUACAUGUAUCUUCAAAAAUAUAUUAAACCAGUUUAUGCACUUUUAGCUGCUAGUAGUCCACCAUUAUUUAUGGUUAUAUUUAAAGGAAUGUUGUUACGUACAUUUGAUGCACUCGGCUUUCUUGUGUUUGUUACUUUUUCUAUAACAGCUAUUGUUGCUGUUGUAUCACGUAAUCCUAUUAUACUUUUAUUAGAAAAAUCUUUACUUACUUGUAUUCUAUCAUUGAUUUUUGGAGUUACAUUAAUACCAUUUCAAUUUUGUAAGCAUCGAUGCCGCUGGCGACCAUUAGCGUAUUAUUUUUAUCAAGAUCUAGUACCAACGAAACGAAAAGAUAUUGGAUUACCUGAUAGUAUAUUUAAUGAUGACGAAGAUCAAAUCGAUACUAAUUAUGCUCGACUUAAAGAAGAAGUUUCAAAUAAUAAAUUGCCUGAUAAACAAGAAGUUGCUCAAGUAUACGAAUGGCUCUAUGGGCAUUGUUCAUCAUUUCGCAUUUCGUGCUAUUUUAUAACAAGUGUUUGGUCGGUGGGAUAUUUUUUAGAAUUUCUAGCUCGAGUUAUUCUUAUUCUAGCAGGUUUGUCAAUUAAUAAAAUCGUAAUAUAUGGACAUAUUAUAUUGAGUUCAAUAACAGUUUUCAUGAUUUUAUCUACAAUUCUUUGCAUAACGGUUGAAAGAAAGUUUACAUUAGCAUUUAUAGCACGAUGGCGAUUACAAACGCUGAAUAUUCCACAAAAUCAACAAAGAAGACCAUCAGAAAUGUUAUCUUCAUUCGUUGUAGUUAGAAGUGAUUCAAAUUGUAUUUUAAGUGUAAAUUCAUGA